AUGACAGAACCAAAACACAAGCUAUUGGAUCUGAGCAAAUGGUCAUUCGAUGCCCUUACUCAACAGCUGCCCGCCACAUUCCCGGCCGACUGGGGUCAACGUGGAGGCCUUUCUGUGGGGAGCAACAAAUCCAACCUGCCGCUCACUCUCUGCUGGGAUGGCCGCGAACUGCUCAUUCAAAUUACAGACGACAGCUGGAUGGCUGAAGUGAAAGAAAGUUGUGAUCCUGCCUGGCGUAGUGUGCUCGAGCAUAGUCAGAAUGGAGUUCGUUUGGACAAAAUGGUGCUUCUGAUAUAUCAGCUGCUGGAUCGAACAAAUAUAGGCAGCAAAGAAACCCUCUAUGGUGUGUGGCGAGAUAUGAAAGCGGUCCUGUUGCUGUGGGCAAUAGGCCAUCGAAAUCGAAAUAUGAUGGAGGCAUAUUAUAUGCUGUUUCCAGUUGCGUACAUAGGAGAGCUCGUGACCAUCAACAAAGGUGUUCAAGGAUAUCUGUGCAACUGGUCUCCACAGGAAAGAACCAAAUGGGGUUGCAAGAUAUCCCAGCAAGGAAUGAUGAUGGUAUUUGAAAUUCCCUGGCAUGAACUUGUCAAAAUACCAAAUUACGUCCAAUCCGCAGGCGAAAUGGGCAAAUUGCUCAAAGAGCUUCUCGAGGCCGCCGGGCUUGACUCCGGACACGUCAACUGA